CUUGACUGGAGCUAGUAGUAAAAGUCUGCUUAGUAUCUCGGAGUUGUACGCCAAUUCUUAAACCCACCCUUUCUCAAGAUGAACUUCUGGGCAUUUAAAUUGCAGUAUUUGAUCUCUAUACAUGUUAACAAGAAUGAUAUGCUGUGUCGAGGAUACCCAGAUCAACGAAAAUCUAUCGGUUCUCUAAGCUCUUUUUGGCAGUUCGAUAUCGACUAACGUCGGGUACAUUGUGUCAGAGACUCGGCGUGAAUGCUUCGUAGUGUGGUGAUGCGGCAUUGCCAUUUUUGUCUUAAUAACGAUAUGGACAAGCAAGCGAUAUCGGGUGGCUCAGAUCACGAUGGCACGAUACCAUUGUUCCUACUAUGGCGUCCCUUCACAGCAUGCCGUCCGUCCUAUUUAACAGCCCCCUCUCUCACUUUCUUCCUUUCUACUACUGCGACUACUUCGUGUCUCGUAGUUACCAUGAUGGCCGACACCAUACCUAGAAGAAAAACUAGGCGAGAUGAGGCGACCCGUCGUACAAAGACUAGGCACGAGUCCGGCACUUGUCCUGACUGCGAUAUCUUCAUACCGGUGGGGUUCAAAGACCACAUCUACAAUACACACUACAAAGGGAAACCUCUGAGCUCCAACGAUACAAUUCACAGGUGUUCAUUCUGGCCCGAUUGUGAAAAAUGGUUCUUUCAACGCUCGAACCUCGCCACGCAUGAGAAAACUCAUACCCGUACCAAGGACUUGCGUUGCCCACAUCUUAUCUCUUCUCGGUCGUCUAGCCGAUCCUUAGUUCUCUGCGAUUCCAAAUUCGGCGAUCCUGGGUCGCUAACUCGUCAUCGCAAGCGUCGGCAUGGUUAUGUUCCCAAAUCCCGCACCGCUACCGAUCCAUGGAUCAAGAACUUGCGUGACCUCGGCGAUACGUUCUCUCUUGAAGAUGCCGAUAUUGUGGGUGGUCUACAAUCGGACGCCAGUCCAACAGAGGAUGAAGAUACGGAGGUGGAGGAUGACGCAUGCUCAGUUGCAUCCUAUUCCACCGAAGAGACUACUGAAACAAGAUCGGCAGUGGCGCUGGUAACUCGUUCGCGUUCGCAUUCACGCUCCCUUUCUCCUGAAUCGGAGGAAGACUGUUAUUACGAAGUCGAAACACAUGGGACAUGUGCAGUAGCAGGAGGUUCCUCUUCUCCACAGCAAGACCUCAAAGAUAAAGAUAGCGAUAUCUCGCGAAAUUCAGGAUCCACUAGCAGCAGUCAACUAGAUGGUCAAUCGUCGCCUGCUAGCUCAUCCACUUCGAGAUAUCCAGCGUCAUAUGGUCGUUACUUCGUGCUCAAAGACCCGACCUCGUCAUCCCUACCGCCCCCUUUCGAGAACCGGACUCCCACUGCUCGAAACAGAAGACCGUCUCUUUGAGUGUAGGAUCCAAUUUCACGGAUGUGUCGGAGUCCUGAAUUUUCAUGUAGCAUCCCUGAAACACCGUUCUAAAUUAACCUAUUGCGCUUGAUCGCUUACCCGUUCUCCGAAUAAAUUUGGCAUUCGGGAACAGCUGACAAUAUACUUCUGGUAAGUAC